AUGGCACUUCAGCAAUUCAUCAACCAGACUGUCAUCAUUACCAGUUGUGGGCAUGGUCUGGGGAGGGACUAUGCUGCCUUUUUUGCAUCGGCAGGGGCUAACGUGGUUGUCCACGACACCGACGAGAUACUGGCAACAACUAUCGCGAGGGAUAUAAGGGCGACCGGAGGUGUUGCAAUUGCGAAUUCCUCAUCGCUCCAGAACGGGGACCAAACUGUCGCCGCCGCGCUCGCUGAAUUUGGACGAGUCGACAUCCUGAUCUACAAUUCGCUCCCGGAGCAUGACCGGAGGUUUGAGGGCUUUCACCCUCAGGCCGGGAGUUCGGACUUUGGAAAGGCAUUCAAGGGAUUGUACAAGACCGUCCAUGCCGCCUGGCCUAUAUUCAGAAAGCAGAAGUUUGGCCGCUUCAUUAUAAGCUGCACAUACUUCCUGCCGAAAAUGCAUUGCGAGGAACUCUCGUUCGGGAAAUUCGACGCUAACAGCUGUAUUACGACAGUCGCUAGUUACGCACAUCUUGGUUUUGUGGAGACUGUUGCCAAAGAAGGUGUGAGCGCAAACAUUCUGGCAGCAGCCAUUGUGACCGGGACCCCUUUUGGUGGCCCAAGUGGAUAUGAGAAACCCGACUGUGACACCGCUGUAGGCUUGGUGGCAUCACUGUCCCAUAAGCAAAACACAAGAGCAACUGGGUCUAUGUACCAUCUGCGAGGCAAAAUUUGCCACGCAUUGCGAUGGGAGCGGGCCGGGGGUGCUGGGCUUAGACUUGAUCAGAGAUUCACCCCCGGGGCGAUUCUUGAGAAAUGGGACGAGGUAAACAAUUUCGCAGACGCGGAGUACCCAAGAGGUACAUCAGAUGUUCUAUCCAUCUUAAGAAGAGCGGCCGAUCUCCCAGAAGACUAUAACAAGGAAGGGAAGAAAGUAUCCUUGCAGGGAAAAGUCGCCAUUGUUACCGGCGCUGCAAAUGGUCUAGGACGGGAGUACUCACUGCUGCUCGCUAAAUUGGGAGCGAAGGUUGUAGUCAACGAUAUCCAGGAUCCUACCUCUGUCGUUUCUGAAAUCCAUGAAAUUGGCCAGCAUGCCAUUGGGGUCACAGCACCCGCACAGAAUGGCAAAGAAAUUGUCAGACAGGCUGUCGAAGCUUAUGGGCGUGUUGAUAUUAUUAUCAACAAUGCUGGGACGGUAAGGGACAAGUCCAUCGGCAAGAUGACGGAGAAAGAGUGGGACUUUGUGUUCAGUGUCAACCUUGAUAGCACUUACGAAGUCAUCAAGGCAGCUUGGCCACAUAUGGUGAAGCAAAGGUAUGGACGAAUCGUCAACAUUACUAGCACUAGUGGGAUAUAUGGUAAUUUUGGACAAGCAAACUACGCAGCCGCUAAAUGCGGCCUCAUAGGAUUGUCAGAAUUUCUUGCCGGUGAUGGUGCAAAGCACAACAUCAUCAUGAAUGUGAUUGCUCCCACCGCAAGCACUCCAAAUCUUCUUUCCAUCAUGCCAGGCUUUCCGAAGGACCUUAAACCUGCUUACUGCGCGCCUAUGGUUGCCUUGCUGUGCUCUGACCAUGUCCCGUUCCCAUCAACGGGCGGCGUGUAUGAAGUCAACGGUGGCUGGCAAGGGCGAACAAGGCUUCAAAGGAGUGCUGGAUCCCCAGUAUCCUUUCGGCCAGACCAAUCAUUGCCAGCAGGGUUGGACAUGAUUGGAAACUUUGAAAAACGUGGCAGUUCAUACCUUGAAGACGGACCUGCAGGGCAUCGACAUCUCAUGGACAUCCUGAAGACAGCGCGCGCCGUGGAAAAGAUAGCGGCCGGGCAGGCUGCUCGUGGCCGGGGCAGUGUUUAUGAAUACAACCACAAGGAUAUUAUUCUUUACAACCUCGGCGUUGCGGCCAAACGCAAUGAUUUGGCUCUUGUUCUCGAGACGGAUCUGAACUUUCAGCCGGUACCCACUUUUGGGACCAUUCCAUCCUUCUUCUCUCGCUUGCCCGUCGAGUUCAAAGAGAUUCUGCCCAAAUGGAACCCACUGGGCUACGUGCAUGGAGAGCAAUACCUCGAGAUUCGCAAAUAUCCAAUUCCCACUGCGGGCAAGCUUGUUACGCAUAGCCGACUCCUUGAGGUGGUCGACAAGAAGAAAGCAGCCAUUGUUACCUUGGCUCACAUCACACGCGAUGAGGCUACAGGGGAAGAUGUGUUUUACAACGAGGUCUCUCUUUUCGUGAAAAAUGCUGGUGGGUUUGGCGGCCAAACCAGCCCCGUCUCAGCAACUCAAAGACAUACAAUCUCCCACAACGGGCGCCGGAUUUGA